UUUUGAGGCCAAUUUCAAAGAUGGCAACUGAUUCUAAGGGGAAGAGGAGGGGGUCGAGACAACCGAAAUGUGCUUUCUGUAAACUCAAUAAAGAGGAGCAUUGUGGCCAGUUGUUAGUAGCCCAAAGCCAGAAGAUGGCAGCACAUCACAAAUGUAUGUUAUUUUCAUCUGCUCUAGUGACAUCGCAUUCUGAGAAUGAGACUCUCGGAGGCUUCUUGCUUGAAGAUAUCAAGAAGGAAAUAAAAAGGGGAAACAAGUUGAGCUGCUCUUGCUGUCACCGCCCAGGAGCAACUAUUGGAUGUGAUGUGAAAACUUGUCGGAGAACAUAUCAUUAUUAUUGUGCAAAGCUUGAUAAAGCCCAGAUCAAGGAAGAUGCAUCACAGGGCAUAUAUCUGAUCCUCUGUCAGAAGCACAAAGAAGGUGCCGAGGAUUCCAGUGAAGAUGGAUUUCAAGGAAACCUGAGUGAGCGUUCCACAGGUCCUCGCAAAGGCACUCCGAGAGCACACAGAGAAAAACGGAGAGCUCCAAACUCGAAAGAUGAGUCAGAUGAUGCUCUGUCCACAUCCUCUCAAGGGAAAGAUGAAACCAGUUGCAGUUCUUACGUGAGUAAUGGAAUAAUAUUGAAAAAGUUGUUUUGCUUUUCCCUCCCUAUUUUCUCUUCCUUACAAUUAUUUAAAGAUGUCCAGUUUCAUUUGGAGUCAUUCAUUUUCUCAAUUUUCAGAAUCCUUGCUGCAUAAAAAAGUUCCACCCCUCAU